AACACCUCUGCAGUACUGUGGCCAAAUCCAUCUGAACCUGGAGCGUGCAGGACGAGAGGCUGACACAGCCAGGCUGCAAGGCUGAAGACGCAUUUUACUCACUGACACUGCCGGCCCACUAAUCUUUUAAUAUGUCAUGGCAGCACUGGCAGUAAAAUGUUUUCAAGCCAGCCUAUUCUACAUGGAGAAACUCUUACUUCUGAUGGUGAUGUUUGCAACAUGCUGCGCCACACCAAAAGAUCUGUCGGGCAAAGUGUUUGUCUUUCCCAGAGAGAGCAACAGGGAUCAUGUGAAACUGCUGACAUCUCAGAACAAAUUCAGCUUUCUGACCACCUGUCUCAGAUUCCAGACGGAUCUCACCAGGAACUACGGGCUCUUCUCUUUGGCUACUCCCACACACAGCAAUGACUUUGUGCUCUUUAAGACCAGUUCAGCAGAUGUGAUGAGGAUGCACGCUCGGGACGGGGGCUCGGACUUCUUGUCGCUGUCAUUUUCACCUGGCACCUGGCACUCCAUGUGUGCCACCUGGCGCUCCGACAAUGGGUUGGCUCAGCUCUGGGUGAACGGCAAAGCGACCAUCAAGAGAUUCAUCCAGACUGGCGCCAUCACUGGAGCACCAAUCACCAUCCUGGGCCAAGAGCAGGACUCCUACGGCGGGGGUUUUGAUGCAACUCAAUCCUUCAUUGGUAUGAUUUCCAAAGUCCACAUGUGGAACUACGUCCUGACGGCCACUGACAUCAAGCGCUACAUGGACGGUCAACAUAUCACUCCGGGCAAUGUGUUCAACUGGGGAAGCCUGGACUAUGAAAUCACUGGGCAGGUUUUAGUGGAGGAAGAGUCUGAAGUGAUGUAACAGGGUGUAAAAAACUGUGAAUAUUUGUUGCAGCAUUCACCGUAUUAAAUAAUGUAAUGUUGUCUCGACAUGAUUAAAUCUCUACAGAAACUUAAAAGAUCUUUCUUCUUUUCUCUUUUUUUUUAAACAUACACAACUUUU